AUGUCAGUCGUUGUCGUAGUCGCUGGUGGCUCGAGUGGUCUGGGCCGCGCAAUCGUCGAUGCCUUAAUGGAGGACGGCCGGUUUGAAGUCUUAAUCUUCUCACGUACUGGAAAUUCCCAGAUUGAGAAGGAAUCCGGCGCUCGUGUCCUAGCAGUGGACUACUCAAAUGUGGACGCCCUCACAACGAUCCUCGAAACUAAUAAUGUCGAAGUGCUUAUCACAACCGCAAACACAAUGCAUGAUCCAACCCCGGAGCUUAACAUGAUCGCAGCAGCUGCACGAUCGCACUCUACGAAACGGUUCAUCCCUAACACUUGGAGCGCGCUGGAAUUCAAGGACGAACCUCGAUUCAAGAACUUUCCUCUGGCACAGGGCAGACUUGAAGCGAUGGCGCAGCUGCAGCAAACCGGCCUCGAGUGGACAGCCAUCUACCCCGGCCUGUUUAUGGAAUACGUCACCGAAGGCCUGCCCUCCACUCUCACCAUUAACACCAUGAUGUUCGACGUCAAGCACAACGCUGCAGCCCUCCCGAACAAUGGCGAGGCCAAGAUUACGCUAACGUACUCCCGCGACAUCGCGAAGUACAUUCCCAAGCUCUUGAUGCUGGAGAAGUGGGAGCCCGCGUACUUCAUCAUUGGCGAUGUGAAGUCUUGGAACGAGGUUGUUGCUGCGGCUGAGAAGGGAAAAGGUGUGAAAUUCAACGUCACGUAUGACUCGUUGGAGCAGUUGAGGGUAGGGAAGGUGACGGAGUUGCCUGGGCAUGCGCGGAUGUAUGAGCGAUUUGGUGGGAGGGAGAGAGCGUUGCCGGUUGUGCAGGGGCUGUUUGCGCAGUAUGGACUUUGGAUGGAUGAAGGGUUAUUUACGUAUCAGGAUGGGGCAAAGUUGAAUGAUUUGUUCCCUGAGGUUGAGACUUUGGGUUUGGAGGAGGCGUGGAAGGUGGCGGGUGGGAAGGCUUAA